GUUGGUGUUUUUUUCAGUUCCCGAAGACACUGAAGGAUUAACAGACGAGUAUUGCCUUGAGAUAAGCUUCAGCGUACCAGAAAUACAACAGGAAAGUUACAGUUUAGAAUACAAUCAAAGAAUACAUCUUAUGAGGACUCACUUGGCAUUCUUGGCUAUUGGACUCGUCACUUAUCUUGCUGCGUUUAUAUCUGGAAUAGCUGUCUGUUGUUCAAGGGCUUCGAAAUGGGCUCUUUUAUCAACGGUGUUUACCUACACCACAGCAUUUUGUGUGUCAUUGGCGAUGGCUUCGUUCCACGGCGUGGAAUACCUUGAAAGGAAUAAGAUUAAAGAUACAAUUGGGAAUAUUAUUUUUCGGAAGGAAUGGCCACGGGAUCUUAUCGAUGCCACAUCUAGGUCCUAUGGGUAUUCAUACGCCCUUGGUUGGGUUAGCAUGAUUCUUUCAUGCAUCACAGGAACAUUCUAUGCAUUUGCCGCAUGGUAUUUGAAAGGAGAACGUUACGACGAAAAAUUAACAUACGAUACGAAGUCACGAGCCAGCGAUUUUGCAUACACGAAUUAUCCAAUGGUAUCCACUAUUCCAGAGGUUGUAUACAACCCGUACGAGGAAACAAGACCCGUCUAUGCUUAUUCAGCCAAAGGGGGACCUCCAACAAUGUUAAUCGAUAGCUCUAUAAGGGGACGUCCAAUGUUAAUCGAUGGCUCUUCAAGAGGUCAACCAAUGAUGAUCGAUAGAUCAGCAAGGGAUAUGUGGCAGUGGAAUCCCAACUAAUUUACAAUCAGCCGCAGCCAUACAUCAUCCGAGAAUCUGAAAGCCACAAUAUCAAAAUAUUAACCCCAUUUAUUACUCAAAAAAUAUUGUGUUAAACAUUUUAUAAGCAAGGAAGAGAAGCAUAACAAUAUAACUAUGUAAAUAUAUAUAUAUAUAUAUAUAUAUAUAU